AUGGGACUGAUCGAGGACGGGGCGGUCUCUGGCGUCUUGCCGGAGGCGGAGUGCUUCGCCGUGCACUAUCCGGGCUAUCCCGCAUCGGUUUCCCGCGCCGUGGAAACCCUUGGAGGCCUCGAAGAGAUCGGCAAGGUGACGGCCGCCUGAACCCUGUCGGAUGGAAUCCUAGGAGCCUCCAUUUCGGACAAUUUCUGAUGCUUCUGCGUGAUCUCAGAAGCGCAGCUUGGGCACCCGCCGGGUGGAAACUCGGCCGGAGAACCGGAAUGAUAGUCGCCUGGAGCUGCGGUUCCGCCCAGAGGACCCGUACUGUCACCCUGCCUUUGGUGAUCUCCGGCCCUGCAGCGGUCUCCUCCUCAAGGUAUCCAAAAAAAGGAAGAAGACGAAGAAGAAGAAGAAGAAGAAGAAGCAGAAUACGAAUAAGAAAGAGGAGGUAAAGCGGCAGGAGUCUUCUGAAAACGGGGAUGCAGAGCAGGGUGAGUUUCACGUGGAGAAUGAGGCGUCCGCUGCUGAAUCCGUGCAAUUAUCCUGUAGCAUAGUUGCCAGGGUGCACCAUGCCUACCGCUUCGAUGGUACGAGAGACUUAUUCAACAUUCGCAGUUCCGCGUUGUUCUCAAAUCUUCAUUUAUCCUCUUCUGUUUCUUCUUGUGAGUGGUUCAGGUUUGGCGGACUACCAAUUCGUAGUUCCAGUUCACGCAGCUAAGUCAAGGCAAACAAAGAGACGUUGGGACGAUGUAGAGCCAAUCAUCGGUGUGCCAUGUUCUUCCCCUGUUCUUACAAAUAUUAUGUCUUAGAAUCAAGGCGUUCGCUGUAGUUUCAUGGUUUAUUUACGCAGAGAACGGUGGUCUGAUGGAUAUGGAACAAGACGAGAUGGUCAUGCUGGUGCCCAAGCUGUUCUCAACGAAGGACAUGCCGGAUGAAAUAUUGUGAGAUGAAAUCUUUCUCAUCUACUACAACAGCGUAAUACGUGUUAUGCGCUUUAAAUGCCUGUUGGAAUUGGAUGUGCCGGGUUGGUCGCCCAAAGUCGAAUCUGAGCCCAUUCACUGCAAAAGCCGUAGAGUGCACUGAAAAACCAUGAAACACGCUGAAAAGCCAAAUUUCUGGGCAUAGUUACAGUGCUCCUGGUCACUUGUUUUCCAGAGGAAGGCCUGGAGAUUCUAUAAAUUAAGACACUUACAGUGAAUUUAGUUUUGCUUGUUCUUGAAAUUCAAGUGGUUUUUGCUCAUCUUACCACUUUCAUCUUGAAAAUUGUGCUGUUUUUUCUUUUUGUUCUUUUUCAUUUUUGUUGUCUCCUGUUUUCUACUUAUUCUAGGCUCAGACCAUCAGUGGGAUCAGUAUCAAAGCAGAAGCAGCAGCAGCAGCAGCAGGCAGUCGAAGAGCAUAACUGGGAAGUAAGUACGCAGUAAAUUUCUAGAUAGGUUGCAUAUGACAUCCACAAGGAACUUCUUUGAUGUUUUUGAAUGUUAGAAGUGGCUUCCUUUUCGUUGUGCUAGAUCGAUUGAUCUGAUGGUGCAACUAUUUAAUCAUUUUGACGUAGGUUUUUGUGAAUUUAUUAACUUAUGGAGGUGUUUCAUUUAGCAUACCUACCAGAAAUGGAUGAACACAAAACUUUAUACAGGAAUCUCCCCUGUGCAAGCAGAGUAAAUAUUUUAUUUACUCCUCAAGUGUAUUCACGUGGGUCCAAUCAUGAAAUUCCAAUUGAAAGAAGCCUAUGGCUAAAUGAAAUUGAGUGCUAAUCGUGGAUUCCAUUUUUAUUUUAUUUUAUUUUAUUUUAUAGUAUCUUAUGUUUGAGAGUCGUUAAGCUUAUUUGAGCCAAGAGAUGUAGUACCAGAGUUGUGUUAAUUCAAUAUUUUGGGUCUGAAGUUCAUAAGCUUGCAAUUUUUGGAAACUUUUCAUCCAUCUAGGGUAGUAAUUGUUCCUAGAACCAAAAACUGGAAAAUUAUGCAGUAAUCGUUUCUGAUCAUUCCUGCCAUUGUGGUCUGAAACAUUUAAGCAUGUUAGGGGCCACUGCGAGUCUCUGUCAAUGAAUGGGAUGUUAUGAAGGAGGAAGAAGCUCACGUACAGCCACUCAGUGGAAUCUCGACUUGAUCUAUUAAUGGUGUACAUAUUGUUAUCAUCAGCAGAAGGAAACUGUGGUCAUCUGGAUUGCAACGAACCAUAGAUACAUUCCUUUCAUUUAUAAUUUCAUCAUCUUUUUCACUACUUUGAUUUACGAUUUCUUCUCUUUUGUUCGUCUGGUCUGAAUUGCUAUUAAAUGUUAUAAAAAUAUAUAUAUCAUUGCUUGAAUCUAUUCAUAGUUGUUCUGAAUUCACGUCCCAAUCUCUGAAUCGUUCUGGUUUUUUCUUCUUAUUUCAUUGCUCAUCUGCAGAUGGAUAUUGCCCCGUGCCUUAAACUUUCUUAUGAGAUAGCAGGUAUCCUUUUUUGUCCAACUGUUAUGAUUUUGUGUAGAUUAUUGGCCCAUUUCAUUCAACCUGGCAACCCUUGUUGGUUUUUCUUUCGUGUUAUGCCGGGGGGUUGUUAGGGUGUUUACUGAAUGAUGCCCUUUGUCAUUCAUUGGUUGACUUUCUAUUCUGUUGUUGCUUUCUGCGUCGUGUCUGUCUUCGGACUUAAAAAAUCGUAGCGGUCCCUGCAAAGGUUAACUGGGAAGAUCAUAUUCCUAAAGAUUCGUUCGAGUGGGAGUGGCAGAUGGCAGUGUCUAAACUAUUUGACGAGCGACCUAUAUGGCCAAGGUGGUCACUUCUUGAACGCUUGCUUGAUGAUGGUGUUGCAGUCAGCUACAAUCAGUUGAGAAGGUCCGUCCUUAUGUGUUUCGGUUCUCCAUUGUUCUUUAAGUUCUACUUAUUAUUAUUAAAAAAAAGGGGAAAAUAUUCAUUUCUUAUCGAGUUGACACAUUUUUUUUUUUUACUAUUAUUAAAAUUAACUCACUUCUUUUAAUUCAGGUUGUUACCAAGAAGUGGAUUCUACUUCUCUACUGGGCCUUUCGGCCAGUUUUGGAUAAGAAAGGGUUAUGAUCCACGCAUUGAUCCCGAGUCGCGAGUGUAAGAAUACUGAUCUCAAAAAUCUUUAUGUAUAUAUUUUUGGAAAUUUGUGAGGGAGUAUUUGGUCCUUUGAGGGAUGAAAUGGGAGAACUUCUAACUAAACCUUCAAUGAAAAGGUUUUAGAUAUGUUUUCUGCAAUGUAGGUGCAUAUAAGUGCAUGUAUGAUGUAGCGGAAGUAAUUUGGAGGGUAAUAUUCAUUGCAAUGAUCGAAAUUUCAUGGUCAAAAUCUCAUAAAAUUGGUCAUAAAAAAUCUCCAGAUUACAAUCAAGGAAGGUUGAAAUGAUAAUAUUGUCCAUUCGAGUCUUUAAUUUUCUAUAGUCACAUACAUACAAAAUAUAUAUAUAUAUAUAUAUAUAUAUAUAUGUAUGUUGGAACUGAUGUGAGCUGGUUGACAGUUAUCAAAGGGUUGAAUUUCGUUUGCGUGAUCUGCUACCAAGUUAUGGAGGCGUCAACCUCAGUACUGUGUAAGUUUCUAGUCAGCUAGCAUUUGACUUUUUCUAUCUGAGAUCUCUCUAAGUUUUCCAUCUAUUGGCCUAUGUUGUGGCAAUUCCACCCAGAAGGUAAUGGGUUACUGCUACAGCACGUCAAAUGAUAAAGUGGUAAUAAGUUUUAAAGAAUCAAUUGAUUCAUGGUUAAAUCCCGCCAUGAUGCAUUUAAUCACAAUUUUAACUAAGCAAGGGAUCAUCUGAUGCUGCUACAUUAAGCAGAUACGAAGCGGGUGACUUUGCAAUGAUGGGUUCAGACCAGAAAUAUUCAGGCGUAAAUACCAAUCACGAGUGAGUUUUUUCUUUUCUUGGAAGUUCCCCUCACCUCUCCCUUGUGCUCUGAGGAGCCUGCUUUUCACCAGUCAGCUUUUCAUGCCUUCUGUUGACAUGUCCACGAUACUUGCUUUCAAUAGGGAGAAUGAUGGAUCCAUUGCCCAAAAACUAUCCCGUGUAAUACAUGUUCUAAUCUCCUUUGCUUUGCUUUCAAUAGGGUUCCUGUGCCAUGUGCUGUAAGUGCAGAUUUCACAUUGCAUGCAUAAAUCUAAAGCUUAUCUACGUCUUUUAUUUGAGCCCAUCCUGGACAAUGGAAGCAGAAUUGAACUUGUGGGUUUCUACCAAAGCAUUGCAAUGUCAACAAAAAAAAAAUCUGUCUACUGAUUCAAUAUAAUAAAUCAAUAGUGUAGAGGUUUUAUUCAUAAUUUAGGUGUGCUUCUUGUUGAAACCCCUCCCAGUUUACUGGAAUGACCAUGGAAAUCACAGGGUUGGUCAACCUAUCAUGCAGUUCCUUAGGUCAGCUGGUUGACCCAGAAUUGAAGCACUUGUAAUAUUUAAUGGUGGAUUUUUCUCCAAGUAGGAUGAAGCAGACAUGGAAGGAUAUAUGCCGUUUUCAAGCAUUCCCCAAGAAGAGCUGCACCUUGCAGCUCUUUGAACUCCAUGAUGAGUACAUUCAGCAAAAAAUGACAGACACUCCACAGCAGACAACUUGCACAGUAAGUUUCUCCCUGGUUGAUGCCAUGCUUUCUGCCGUGAGUCUUUUGAACUCUCUGAUUGCUUUCUCUGGUUUUUUUGAAUAGCUUUUAUGAACUGGUUACAACUGUAAAUAAUUCCAUUGGGGUCCUUUUUUAGGGGCCCUAAUCUUGGAUACAUGAGGGAAAACAUACAUUGGCCUAAUAAUUUAUCGAAUUCGUUAACAUUUUUCUAUAUAUAUAUUUUGUGAUUUUGCACUCUCUGUCCAUGUGAGCUAUCUUCUGUUGCUUGGGUUUCAAUCUGAGAUUAGAUUGCCCCUUCAAACACAAUGUGGCCAUUUAAUGACCACUAUAUCUUUGUAAACUAUCAGGGAAUUAACAUCAGUUAUAUCAUACAGUUUGAGAUUAUAAGCUGAAAUACUAAAGAUGGUUGACCGAAUAAAAUUGAAUUCUAUGAUUCUUUUAUUUUUUUCCCCAACAAGCAUCUUUUCCCUUAAUAUAUUGUUCUAAGGCUAGUUUUUCUUUUCUUUUUUUAGUAAAAAAAAUUACAACUCCAUGCUGACGAUUUGGAGUAUUCACCCCGCCAUGUUUGUUGGCAGCAUUCAACAGGAUGGUUCUCGAGGUCUACAUUUGAAUUACUGAGUCUGCGUGUCAAGAUAAGAUUUCUUUCUGUAUUUCCAAGGAAGGGAGCUCAGAAGCUGCUGAAGUCUCUGCGUGAACGUUUUGAGAAGCUGAAGAGGCUUGAGAUUCUCAACAGAGAGCAGGGGCGUGAUGGUCAGGAUGGAGACUCAAACAAGGGACUGCAGCCUGGUAUCCUUCCUCCAUUCAUAUUCAUUUAAUAUUUUCUAUUGUUUCAUGGUGGGCCAUUUCGGAUAUGUGCUGAUGAUAACAUGGCUGGUGGUUUUAGGGCAUGCGGACUGUGCUGACGAUGGAUUUGCGGCAAAUGAAGCAGAGGACAAUUCAGAGGAAGGGGAGGAAGAAGAGGAGCUAGAUGAAUAUGGGUCUCAGCCCAGGGUAAUCAGAGUCUCAAUCUAUCUGAUGAUGCAACACUGUUUUCUUCUUACGACUCAUUCCGACAUGAUCUUCUUACAGGGGGAUGAAAAUGGAAGAUGCUCUCUAGAUGCUGGUUCCCGUAUCCUCUUACUGUUUUAUCUCAUCACAAAUUCUCUUACCCCGAACUUAAAUCGAUCGUUUUAUGUCUCCGGUUUUUCCUUUCAUUUCUUGAACAAUUAUGUCAGGGAAGACAACUUUAGUUUCGACAUUUUAGAAAGGGAUAACUCUAAAUAA